CCAAAAGAUCGCGAGGUGCGAAUUCGUUUUCUUUCCGUGCAGCGGCAGAACGACAUCGUUUCGAAGUCUGCAUACAUCUACAUGCCAAUAUCAAGUCGUUUGAGCACGUGGAUCAGCCAAUCGACAGAGCAAGAAAACAUGGCGACGGAACCUGAGCCCCCUGCCGCCGCCACCGCCGUCAUCACAACCGUCGCGGCGGCGAUCACCGUUGCGCCCGAGAAACGAUACCGUUCGGUCUUCGAAUUGCCGGCCAAUUUCUUCGAUACCUGUGUUCUCCUUCCUUCUCCACACUCGGUAGCUCCUUUAUCCACAGAAACCUCACACAACUCGGCUCUCGAAUCCGUCGACGAGCCCGAGCCUGAGGCAGAGCAGAAUCGCCCCCAAAACGCCGGCAUAGCGCCGAGGUGGACCUGCAACACCUGCAAAGCCGAGUUCGAGUCUCUCCAGGAUCAGCGUUCGCACUUCAAGUCGGACAUUCACCGAUUCAACGUUAAGUUGAGUAUAGCUGGAAAGAACAUCGUUAAAGAAGAUGAUUUUGACGAGUUAACAUCUGAUUCUUUCAAAGACUACGAAGUGUCCAGUAUAUCAGGAUCAGAGGACGAGGUUGAAAAGGAAAUUCACCCGCGGAAGGGUGCAUUUGAGAAUCUUAAGCGGAAGGUGUUCAUCCGACUUCAAACAGGCGAGAGAGUUUCGGUGUGGAAGUGUUUGGUUAUGAAUGAGUCUGAAGACAUUUUGUUUGAGAACGAUAAAGAAGGUUCUUUUGGUAAUGGUGAGACGGAGCCAUGUCUGAAGGAGAAGGAUGUGGUGGAGAGACUGAAAAGCUUGGUUAACGAGCCGAGGGAUAAUACGCGUUUCAGGGUUGUGUUGCUGGCAAGUGCUGGGCAUUUUGCUGGUUGUGUUUUUGAUGGUAACUCUGUUGUGGCUCACAAAACAUUCCACAGAUAUGUCGUGAGGGCUAAGGCUGGAAAGAAACAGUCAUCAAAAGAUGCAAGUGGCAAGGCUGCACAUUCUGCUGGAGCUUCGCUCCGCAGAUAUAAUGAACUUGCUUUGAAAAAGGAAAUUCAAGAUUUACUUGCUGCUUGGAAGCCUUACUUUGAUUCUUCCUCCUGUGUUUUCAUAUACGCUCCUUCGAACAGUCGCCAGCUGCUUUUUAAUGGGGUAAAACCAUACUUUAGUAAUGUGCAUUGUGUUGUCCACAAUGUUCCGCUGACUGUUCGGAGACCCACAUUCAAGGAGUCUCGGAGGUUAUAUGAUCAGUUGACUCAAGUGGCUCAUGAAGUAGAUGAGACGGAGAUUCCUUCAAAUUCCAAAAAUGACUUGCUAUUUAGUGAAGGUACCCCAAGCAAUGGCAGCCUAACAACGUACAAAGCAGUCAUAGAUGAAAACUCUGAUUGUAGGAGCAAUUCGGAAGCUUGUCCAAGUAGUAAAAAUCCAAAUGAAUUAUCUAUAUCGAGUGAGACUGAAAGUGAAGAUAUAUGUUCAUCAACACCUUUGCAUGAAGCAGCAAUAUCUAAUGAUGCUCACAGGGUUUUGGAACACUUAGAACAGGGUCUGGAUCCUUGUGCCAAAGAUGAAAGGGGUCGGACUCCAUACAUGCUGGUGAGUGAUAAGGAGGUCAGGAAUACUUUCAGACGAUUCAUGGCUUUAAACCUGGAUAAAUGGGAUUGGAAUGCUGCCAAGGUACCUAGUGCAUUGACAAAAGAGAUGGAGGAAUCUCAAGCAGUGAAGCAGGCAGAAAAAGAUGCCAAGAGGAAAGCAAGAGCGAAAGAGUUGAAGAAGCUACGUAAAGCAAAAGAAAAGAAAGCUCAGGCUGAGGCUGCUGCAAAAGUUGCACAAGAACAGGGGACCUCUUCAUCAUCUGUUAAAGGACAGCCUCAUUCUAGUUCUUCUGUAUCACGGAUCUCUAUAGAGGAGGAGCUAAAAAGGGCGCAGGCUGCUGAGAGGGAAAAGAGAGCGGCUGCUGCUGAGAGGAGAAUAUCCACUGCUGCUAAUGCUCAAGGCGUUAGCGCAGCGGGCGCAACAAACGUUUCACAGACCAAAAGUGGGUUGGCUGGUGACAUUAACUGCUCUUGUUGUAAUGUGUCUUUGGCUGGUAAAGUUCCAUUUCAUAGGUAUAAUUACAAGUACUGCAGCACAUCCUGCAUGCAUGUGCACAGAGAGAUCCUUGAGGAUGGGUAGUCCCGCUCACUGCUAAGUACUGUAUGUUUAUAUACUCAGACGUUAGGCACAACUAGUUCAAAAGCAUUCAAUUUUUAUUCUUUUUCUUUUUGUUA